CAUGCCGAGGCUGAAAAUGCUUGGCAGGACCAUUGGAAAUACUCUCAGAACAUUUUUCUCCCACGUGCUGGUUCUGGACCAGUAAUCCAUGCAAGAGACAAAGACACGGGCUUAAAAUAACUCUUCAGCACUGAAAGAUCUCUUCCUGCAAAUUCGACUGUGCUACACUAGCUCUCCAUCUCUUCCUCAAAUAAGAGUCCGCUGGCACUCUGAAUGUGAAGAUUUGUUUUUCUUUAGCACAGUAAGGCUUUGGUGUUCAUCUCACCUAACCUUUAGAAGUGUGGAUGGCAGAUGCCUAAAUCGGAGGCGGUCACUCGAACCUCACGUUGUAGCCGACGCAGAGAAAUUGGCUGUCCAGAGCAAUUUCCCUGUGUUUAGAUAAGGUGAUGAAUACGAGCGUGCUGUCCUCAUCAAACCGAGCUUUGCAUGAAGGGAAAACCCAUAUCUCUGUUGAGCGGGUUGCUCCAGAAGAGCUAUUUGAGUAAAUUACAGCAAUAUCCGUCCAGAGACUCAAACAAUGAAGCAGACUUGGAAGCCUGAAAACAAAGCGGGAAGGGCAGCUGUCAGAAAGAAAUGCAUAACAAAAAAUAGCCUGCAUUUGAUAAGUGAACUCGGUCAAUCCUAGACCAAUUCUUUGCCUCUGGAGGUUUUUUUCUGAAGAUAAGUACUUAUUUAUUUUUGAUUACAGCCUGACUGCAGGGCGUAUGGGAGCUGUAUUUAGAUAUGAUAUUUUUUCCCACCUGCCAACCCCCAAACCCCCUGGAUUUGCUUGAUAAAAAUAUCUGGAGUGGAAGAGCUUCAUAACAGAUGCAGCCUUCAUGCUUCGUGUUUCCCUGCUGCAUUAGUACUUAUAACAGGAAUUUGGCUGAUUUGUGGGAUGAUAGCGUGAUUUAUUCCUUGAAAGAGCACAUAGGUUGUACAAUGCAAAUCUUUGAAACCAUCUCUGGGAAGAUGAAGCUUCCAGGAGCAGCAGUCUGGUUUGGAACCUGCGUGUUUUAAGAAUACCUGGGAAUUUCUACCCAUAUUUGCCUAUUCCAGCGUAAAUCAGAGGACAAUGAGUUAUUUUUAUUUUUUGCAUAUUUUUACGCUACAUAACAACUUUUCUUCCUUCCCAUUUUGUUCAAUGGGAAAAACUUGAGCCAGUUGUGUAGCUGAUUCUUACUUCACUACAUUCCUCUUACAGAGCCAAAUUCUUGGAAACCACGUUGACAGUACAUCUAUUUUUGUGUGUUGAAUGUUGUUGGUUGUUUUUUUUUUCUUUAUGUGACAUAUGCCACUUUUUGAGUGCUUUUACCUAUUCUGCUUGGAGGCUGUCCUUUUGCAUUGCUGAGUAGUCAUAGAACCACUCAAGGAAUUAAAUAAUUUCAGACUUACAGAAGAUGACUCAUGCUUCAGAAACAUUUUUAUGGCUGUGCUUGGCUCAUUAAUACAGGAGUUCAACAGUAGUAAUAUGAGGUAUUGCAUUAAUUGUUGCAUACAUUUAUUACCAAAUGACUUGCACAGACAGUGUUUCAGAUGCCGUGGACCUAAUCAUAAUAACCAGAAGUGUCCUGUUUGCAAAGGAGAAAAUAAGAUCCCUUUGUACACUGAUAGCAAGCAGAUGAAGUUGCUUGCAGUUUUGGAAGUAAGGACUGAUCACAGUGAAAGCUGGAAUGGAUUUUUCUGCUUGAGGAAGGGGAAGCUAUGCAGCUUAAUAUUUGGGUUGAUUAUAAUGACUCUAGUGAUGGCAUCCUACAUACUGACUGGAGCCAAACAUGGCCUGUUGUUAAUACCAUCUCCCUUCCAUUACGGAGCUUUUACUAGCAAUCCAAGCUUAAUGGACAAUGAAAGCCUUAGUGACAUGAAAGACCAUUACCAGCCUUCUAAAAUGAAUAUUUCAUACGUAAAGGAUUAUCCAAGCAUUAAAUUAAUUAUUGACACUAUUACUUCAAAGAUAGAGUUUAUAACGAGACAGCGCCCUGAUUUAGAAGAGCUGAGGAAACAAGAGCCACAUAUGUUUUCAGUAAUUCCUAAUAAAUUCCUUCCAAAUAGCAAGAAUCCUUGUUGGUAUGAAGAGUACAGAGGAAACACAACCACAGAUCCUUAUGCAACAAACUCCUAUGCACUGUAUUCAAAGCGCUUUCGAACCAUAUUUGAUUACCUCAGGAAGGUAUUUUGGAACCACUUGUACCAUUAUAAGGACAAACACUACCGCCUGCGCUGUCUCCCCCAUUUCUACAUCAUUGGCCAGCCCAAGUGUGGGACGACGGACCUGUACGACCGGCUCAGGCUGCACCCCGAUGUUCGGUUCUCAGCAAUCAAAGAGCCACACUGGUGGACAAGAAAACGGUUUGGAAUCAUUCGUCUAAGAGAUGGAUUUCAUGAUCGCUACCCGGUGGAAGAUUACCUCGAUCUGUUUGACUUAGCAGCACAUCAGAUUCAGGGUGUGCUGCAGAGCGAAGCGGCAAAAGAGCGCGGCAAGAUGAACAACAUCAUAAUCGGGGAGGCCAGUGCCUCGACGAUGUGGGACAACAACGCUUGGAUUUUCUUUUAUGACAACAGUACUGAAGGAGAACCUCCCUUCUUAAUCCAGGAUUUUAUCCACGCCUCCCAGCCGAAUGCCAAACUUAUCAUCAUGCUCAGAGACCCGGUUGAAAGAUUGUACUCCGAUUAUCUGUACUUUGCAAGUGCUAAUAAAUCUGUGGAAGAUUUUCAUGAAAAAGUGGCGGAAUCACUGCAGCUGUUUGAAAAUUGCAUGCUGGAUUACUCACUGAGAGCCUGUGUCUACAACAACACCCUGAACAAUGCCAUGCCUGUAAGGUUACAGGUUGGGCUCUACGUUGUGUAUCUUUUGGACUGGCUGACAGUUUUUGACAGAGAUCAGAUUCUCGUUCUUCGCUUGGAGGAUCAUGCAUCAAAUGUGAAAUACACCAUGCACAUGGUGUUCCAGUUUCUGGAUCUGGCACCUCUAAGUGAGAAACAAGAAGCUCUGAUUACAAAGAGUCCUGCAUCAAAUACUAGACGACCUGAAGACAGAAGUCUGGGACCUAUGCUACCAACAACAAAGGCAAUUUUAAGAGAUUUCUAUAGGCCUUUUAAUACAAAACUGGCACAAGUUCUUUUUGAUGAUGCUUUUUUAUGGAAGAGGACGUAAUAUGUAAAUUUAGUGCCACAAAUACAGUGCUUAAAGGAGUUUUUAUUUUUUUAAAUUCUAUUUUUGUGCGUGGAUAUUUACAUUUUUCCCAUUCCAAAGAGAAGCUGAUUGAUGAGCUGAGAUUCUCACCUUCAGUCAGCACACUUCACGACAGUUAUACCACAUUUUCCUUGUGAGAACGUAAAGCAUCUUGCUUAUCAGUUUAUUGCAACUUCUUUUACCCCGGCAAAAGAGUAGAGUGGAAAAGCAUUGGUACAAAGAUGAUAUUUUACACUCUUCAUGGGGAUGUUGAAGUUUAACCUUCUCUAAGAUGCUGCACAGAAUUAGCAUCAGUUUCCUACAAUUACGCUUAUAAUCUCAUUUUCAAUAUGUGUUAUUCAGUUUUUCAAACUAUGAAUGUCAUUUAGUCAUUAAAAUUUUUAAUUGAAUUGAACCUAAAA